AUGGAGGGAUGGAAGAGCAAGUGGCUUUCCUUGGCUGGUCGUCUUCUGAUGCUGAAGUCAGUUGUCUCGGCUAUGUCUAUUUUCCCUAUGGCCUAUUUUAAACUUCUAGUUUCGAUCAUUAAGAAUAUGCAACAGAAGAUGAGAAAGUUUAUGUGGAAUGGAAAUGAGGAACAUGACAAAAUUCUGCUCAUGGCUUGGGACAGAGUUUGUAAACCCAAAGGAGGCAGAGGGACGAGUCUCUGUGAAUGGAAACUUAUUAAUGAGGCCAUGGGGCUAAGUUGGUGUGGCAAAUGUACAGUAAAUCAAAGCAGAGGUGGAUCAAAAUUUUACAAGCUAAUAUAUUUGGAUAGUAGGGAAAAGGAAAGGAUUCUAACGGUUGAAAAUCCCCCGAGAGGGUUUGCUUUGUGGAACUUUUUGGAAAAAGGCGUGGCUUUGGCAGGAUUCCUGGCAUGGGCAUCCAUCUUUGGAGUCUUGGGCCCCCCACGUUGGAACUGGAAGGACCCUAGGGAGAUAAAUCUAGGGUCAGAGGAGGAAAGAUAUCUGAGAAAGAUCCUAGAAAAUCGAGAAGUUUCAUUUUCAAGGGAGGAGGCUGAAAUAUUUUGGUGUGGCACCAAGAGUGGCAGCGACUCUGUGAAAGUGGGGGUCUCUCUUUUGGAAAGUGAAGGUAGGAUGAAGGAAUGGGAAGCUAAGCUUGCUGGAAAUAGGCAGAUUCUUUCUGGAGAUUGCCUGAGGAAAAUGGGGUUCACUGGUCCUUUCUGCUGUGUGUUCUGUGAAAAGGUGGAGGAAGAUGUGGACCACCUUCUGCUCAACUGUGAGUUUGCUCAAGAUGCAUGGCUUUUUGGAUUGCAGAGACUGAAUUGA